AUGGGAGUGGAAAUCCCUGGAAGUCCUUGGCGGUUCAUUUUUCGAUGUUCGAAGUUGUCCUCCGCGAUUGUAGGCAUUGUGACAGAUUCCGAGGAUUUGCGGCGCAGAUUUAUAAUGUCGAAACGCGUCGCUUCGCCUGCAUCGCCCCGUAGCCUUUUGGAGGACGUCCCAUUGACCGUUUGCCUUGCUGGCACUUGCAAGUCUAAUUGUAAGAGUGUUCUGUGUAUGAACGCGCUGGGUGAAGAGGAUUGGCUGAACGAUGUCAAGUCUGUGGAUUCUCUUGAAUUUCAUGUUCGUGAACCAAAUGAAGUCGUCGGAUUGUGGAAUCUGGGAGCUACGUGCUACAUGAAUGCUGUGGUACAGGUUUUGAUCCGGUUGCCAGUUUUCAAACGAUUGAUCAAGUGGAAUCCUGCGUUGGUCGGAGAUGAGGAGCCGAAAGCUUUUGGAGAUUCUAACGAUGGCUCUGUCUAUCCUAGAAGUGCGAUAGGAAGUGUCAUUGUCCUAAUGCGGCUGAUGCAGGACACCAAGAGGGUACCCAGCAACAACGUCAUUUCUGCUUUCAGUGCAGUGGACCCAAGUUUUCUGUCGCGGGUUUUGGACCUGGACACCGAUGAUCCACAAGAUGCUUCAGAAUUUCUGGACUUGCUGAUUGCCCGAGGUUCUACUGAUCUCCAAGAGCAAACGGAUCCGCAGUUGAAGAAUUUCUUCCAGAACUUCACCGGCAAAAUCAGAAGCCAUGUUGAGUGUACGAAGUGCGGAUAUAAGUCCGUAGAGAAGACGGUGGACUUUCUGAAUCAGCUUGUUCCUGUCCCUGAUGAAAGCGCCAAGAAAGGUCGUCGAUCGGUGAUGUCUGCAUUUAAAGGUUUUCCGACAGAACCGGUCCAGAUUACGUGUAGCAAGUGCAAACAGGAAAUGGGAGUCCUGCAUUCUACCCUUGACAGCAUUCCACCGUACCUGAUUUUUGCCAUUGGUCGCGUUACUUUAUCUGCUGCGAAGGUGAAUGACCGAGUAACAUUCCCGGAGAAGCUGAAGUUGGGGGAGCUCUACCCGGAUGGUGUUAAUGAGUACCGUCUGGUUGGAGUGGUAUUUCAUCAUGGGAAUGUUCCAGAAGAGUACCAUUUCUCAGCAUCUGUAUGGGAUUUUGAGAGAAAAAAGUGGCACAAUCUCGAUGAUCACCGUACAAAAACAGAGGAUGACAUUGGCUUUCAGACGCUGAAAUCAAAGAGAGGGCCAACUGUGUUCACUUCGGAAUGUGCGACACUCCUCUUUUAUUUGCGGAAAGACUGCGAGGAAUUGGACCAUCAAUCCGUGGAAUUUCCGCUGUGGACUAAUGUGUUCGCCCAGGCUGAUGCGGAAGAUUUCCGGAAGGCGUGUGUGGAGAAAAAGCGACUGGACGCUGAAGUGCGGCAGUCUGAUGAGAAGAAAAUUGAAAUUAUCAAGCAGCUUUAUGAGGAGAUCUUGCCAAAUGCGAUGGGGACGAAUCUUGAGGACUGGAUUUUUGUGCCCAAAUACUCAGUUGCGAAGUACUUCGAAGUGGACCCAUCUUCUUUCUUGUCCAAGUUCGAUGCGGCGGAAGUAGAAUGCGAGCAUGGGAAACUGCAGCCGUCGGAAGUCCCUGCCUUUCUUAAGCUGGUCCCACCUGCUUUUGGUUCGGAAGUUGCUAAGCUGGGGAGUUGCUGGUCUCGAGGCGAUAUCUGCCAAAUCUGUAGGAGAAGUCCGAAAGUGCUAGCUGAUCUUCGCACAAGAAUGCGUUCUGAUGAGGCCCUGCUGAAACGCGAAGCUACUGCACAAAAAGAAAAUCGGUCAGCGCCUGCCUUUUGGAUUAGCAAACAUUGCUAUCAGAACUGGAAGAAAAUGGCGGAAUUAGAGGCAUUGAAUGAAUUGCAGAAGCAGUACCAAGUUCAGAAGAAGCCCAAGUUUGAAGAGAAAGAAUUCAAUUCAGAUUCUCGUUGCUCUCACGGCAAUCGCGUCAUGGACGAAAACUUGCUCCUUGCCAUCACUGCACCGGCGUGGGAGACUCUCUCAAAAUUCUUCAGCAAGGUCGUAGAGUUACCUGUGGCUACAGAGGCUUGUUCGACGUGUGUUGGGCUACAAGAGAUGGCUGUUGGGAAGACGGAAGAGAGGAAGCGGUUGGCGGAUGUACUUCGGGAUUCUCAAACCUGGGCAAUCAAUCCCAAGAAAGGUUUUAUUCCGCAAGUCGCUUUGAAAGGCGAACAAGUGUUCUUUGUUUCUGAUGAAUUUGCCGUCAAGCUGAAGAAAUUCAUCAAGAACCCUGUUUCUGCGGAAUUCCCAUCUACACUUGAUAUGUCUGCUGCCUUUUGUGAGCAUGGGAAGGUAUUGAUAGACCCAAGGGAUUGUGAAGACUUCAUUCCAGUGAGUUAUUCCUCAAUCAAUGGAUUGGAGAAAGUAUCGAUACUCCAUAAGAUCUCCGCUACUGCGAUCAAGGAUAAUCCGGAUAAGAUGAUGGAUUUCAAAUUGGACCAAGAAUUAUGUGACCCGUGUGUGGAAGCCGAAAUUCAAGCCGAGGAAGCCAAGCAAUAUGUGUACAAAGAUCAGCCCUUAUUUUUCAAGCUGGUUUCUGUGAUGAAGGACGUGUUUGCAUCGAUUCUCUCAUGUGUUGAAGAGAACGACCUGGUUAACGUGGCUCAGUUGACCAAAAAAGAGCCGAGAAUGAAGAACAUCGAGGAAACGCUAGGGCUGAUCUCGGAGAAGAAGGGAAAACGCGAAGAGAAGCGCAUGCUCCUUUCAUCUGACAUGAAGCUAGUGGAUCUCAAAGCAAUGAUGGCUGAUAGUUUCAAACUAGAUCCCGCAUCAGUGGAACUCGCUUUGGAUGGUCGUCUGCUCACGUCAAACGACUCUUCCCUGGAAGCGCUGAAAGUGAAGCCCAUGUCGCACAUCAAGGUCAUCCAUGUUAAGAAGGAGACGGAAAGAGGGGGAUUCGCGUCUAAGCCCAAGUCUUCACCAGUUGUCUAGUUUUGAAGAGCUGAUAUGGUCAUCUCGAGGAUUUUGACUUCCGUCCAGCUGUCAUUCAUAUUAUUACCGAAUGAGGAUCGUGAAUUUUAGUUCGUCUCGCGGUAUUGAGCCACACCUGAAGAUGAGGGGGGGUGAGGAUCCAAGAAAUUUUGUUUUCCGUGUAGUGCGAAAAAAUUUCGUUAUGCACUACAGUAUUUUCACUUUCUCGAUUGUGACGGAAAUGAGAGUUCGGCAAAAGAUGUGAUGAAUGGUGACUUUUCCUGCAUGUUGGCGGCUUUUCAGAUGUUAACAGCAUUAAUCGUCUAUUCUAUAUUCGCUGAAAGAAGAAAGAAAACUUCCUUGUUACUUUUUUUCAA